AUGGAACACUCAGACAACUGUACCACGGAUAAUGCAACUUCAGUGACACAGUUUCUCUUACUGGGGUUCUCUGAUUUUCCUAAUCUGCAAACAUUUCUGUUUGGAAUGUUUUCCAUAAUGUAUGUGGUUAUCUUAAUAGGAAACAGCUUUAUACUCGUCAUAGCUAGAGUUGAUCCUGCACUACAAAAACCCAUGUAUUAUUUCCUGGCCAAUUUUUCAUUUCUGGAAAUUUGUUAUGUAUCAGUCACCCUUCCCAGAAUUCUCUACAAUCUUUGGACACAAGAUAGAAGAAUUAGUCUUCUGGCCUGUGCUAUUCAAAUGUUUUUCUUCCUAAUUCUGGGAGCUACUGAGUGUUUUCUGCUGGCCGUGAUGUCCUAUGACCGCUAUGUGGCCAUCUGCAACCCUCUGCACUAUCCUCUGGUCAUGAACCCAACAAAGUGCACUCAACUGGCAGCAGGCUCCUGGCUUGGAGGCAUCCCAGUCCAGAUAGGACAAACUUGUCGAAUAUUCUCUCUACAUUUCUGCAAUUCUAAUAUAAUAGAGCACUUCUUCUGUGAUGUUCCCCCAAUUCUCAAGAUGGCCUGUGGGGACACUUCAAUGCAUGAGCUCUCUGUAUAUUUAGUGGCUUUGUUUUUUGUUGCCUCCCCUUUUAUGUUGAUACUUGCCUCCUAUAGCAAAAUCAUUGCCACCAUUCUAAAGUUGCCAACAGCCACAGGACAGGCAAAAGCUUUCUCGACUUGUUCUUCACAUCUGGUGGUAGUGGUUUUAUUUUUUGGAUCAGCUACCAUUAACUACUUGAGGCCAAAGUCCAUUCAUUCUGUAGGAACUGAUGAACUACUCUCUCUGUUUUACACAAUUGUGACCCCCAUGUUCAACCCCCUUAUAUACAGCCUCAGGAACAAGGAUGUGAUUGCAGCAUUAAGAAGGCUUUCACUUAAAAUUUACAGCCAUCCACUUAGGUACAACUGA